ACACCGGUUUCGACUCGUUCAGGUCGGUUUUAAAACGCGUUCCUUGCAUUAACACACCGGAAACAGACGUUUCACCGGUAGUUUAGUUUAGUUCAAAAAACUUUCUUUUACAAAGAAAGUAAUAUCACCAACGACGUCCUUUAAAUUCAAGGUGUACUGUUUACAACAACAAUAAAAACCACAUCAUCAUCUCUAAAUCUCGACCAUAACAUCGUAAAAAACCUUGAAAGUUGACGUCGUCGCUUACCUUGGAUUGUUCCUCUGGCAGUUGAAAUUUGGUAGUCGUAACGAUGACCGCAGGUGUUCUUCGCCUCCUACUCGUCUUUUCAUCAACGUUUCUAAAUUGAGCGGAGCCCCAAUAAAAAUAAAAUAAAAAAAAAUAAAGGAAUCUCAUCAUGUCCUAUCGUAAAGUGCCGAUUAUAGUAUUGAUUACUGUGCUAAUAGACUUUUUAAUCGUGAUCGCGAACGCAACUUUAGACUCGCAGUGUAAUUUAGAGAGCGUGUUUAGUUCGAAGCUGGUCAGUGUUGAAGAGAAUGCCCAAAAUUCGCGGGUGAUUCUCGGUGGAACCGAUCGACCUGUUUUGAUGGGUCCGAUUUCUGACGAUGAACCUGAUGGAGCAUUUGUUGCGGUCUUCGACUUUUUUAUGACUUAUAAAGGAUCGCAAUUUAUGGAUAAUCGAUAUUUAGAAGAUUCCGAUUUUAGGAAUUCAAGAAUAGUUAAUAUCACAUUUACUAGUCGCCCUUUGAUCGACUGUCAAAUAGCACAAGUACCAACAAAGUACAUCAUAUUCUGUGAUGUGGUGGAUAACGAGUUGGUUGCGCAUUCUGUAGUGAAAUGGGACCAUGAAACGGAUCAAAGGGUGUGGAUGGCUGUCGGUUGGACUAAGUGGUCGGAGUGGUCAACCUGUAGCGUCAGUUGUGGAAAAGGAAUCCAACAAAGAUUGCGGUAUUGUACCAUAGAGAAAUGCGAAGGGUAUAAUGUGGAACAAAGACAUUGUAAUUUAUUUGGGUGUGUCACCGUUGUGAAUCCUUUGGCGACGAAUUAUAGUAAAUUUUUCCAUCCGUCAAGAGAAAGAUGGCAACAAGUCCCAUCUCGUCCCUCAGCUUGGCGUUUAGUUCCAAAUACGUAUAUUUGGGUACCAUCAUCUCAAUUGUUUGGUAAUGGAACAAAUGGGGCUUUUCCUAAAGAAUUUACUCUUUUUAUCACAAUGAGAACACAAAAUAGCUCAACCGGCACGAUAUUCAGCUUGAGAUCGCGAAGGCGUGAGGAUUCCUAUUUGUCCCUAGAGCUAUCCGGGUCCGAUCUUAAACUUAUUCACGUCGGGUCCAACGGCACUGAGGCGGUUCGAAUUUCGACACCUUUAGAAGAUGGAAACUGGCACCAAAUUACGAUCAGUUUGCGUGAUAAUAGCGUUGUGGAUAGUUAUAUUGACUGCCUUUGGUCUACAACUGAUUAUUUAAGGGUCGAUUCGUUUGAUAUUCCGGAAGAUUCCGAUAUAAUAAUUGGAUAUCUUUUUUCUGGUGACAUUGAACAAUUAGCGAUUACUUCUGAUUUAUCGCUAUCAGAUCUUCAAUGUGAUGAUACUUGGACGCCGAUUCGCGAAGAUAGUUUGAUGUAUUUGAAAGAAAAAAAAUUGGGGAGUGCCGAAAAGCAUGGAUUAAAGAAUGAUGAAGGAUUUGAAAAAGAUUUCGAAGGACUCCCGAAUGAAAUAUGAAAUGGUAUUAGUAAUUUUUCUUUUUUUGUUACCGAGAUCUCGUCCAAAAUAAUGUGUUUUAAAAGCGCUUUAGAAGAGAAAAAUUGAAAUUAAAAAUAAUGAUAAUAAUAAAUAUAUUAUAUAUAUAUA